UCCGUUUCCGGUUCCGGGUGCGCGGCAGCAGCGGGCCGGGCUGCGGGGCCGCCAUGGCCGCCACGGCCGGGAGCCGCACGCACAAGAUCGGCAGCGUGUUCAGCCGGACGCGGAACCUGGUGCGCAUCGGGCUGCUGGAGAAGCCGCCGUGGCUGGACGUGUACGCCGCGUUCCCGCCGCUGCGGGAGCCCGUGUUCCGCGUGCCGCGGCCGCGCUACCGGAGCCGCGACCGCGUCGCCGCCGUGCUCUACCGGGAGGACACCGUGAGGGCGAGGUUUUACAAAGUUUAUGGCAACGGCCCCAAACCUUUCGAGCUGACACGGUUAAACUUCAAAUCUACUUGCCAGAGGUUUGUUGAGAAGUACAAUGAACUGAAGGAAGAAGGGAAAAUUGAAGAGGAGAAAUUGUUUGAAGAAACAGGAAAAGCCCUUUUAGCCAGUGGGAUCCUUUUACAGAGAAGAGGAGUAGAUAAAGUGGCCCAGCAGGGUGCUGGAUCCAGGGAUCCUGCCUUGCAGCCCCAGCUCCAGGCUGUGCUGGAGGAGCUGCAGGAGAAGAGGAAGGACGGGGAGCAGCAGCCACCAGAGCUGGCAGGGACACACAAGGAGCACCCCUGUCCCUCCUGACAGCCCUGCUGAGCCCUGUCACCUGCCAGGAGCCACCCUCCAGCCCUCUGUGGGGACACCUCCCUGUGGGACAGGAUCCUGGUGCCCUCCAGGCUUCUCCAUGGCACACGUGUUCCCCUCUGUCCAGCUCCACAUUGAUAAAGUCACAGAUAAUCUUAUUUUUUUUUAGGGCUCACGACCGUUUUCUGAAAUCACGUUGGAAAAUACCGAGUGUAAAAGUGGAAAAUUAAAACAUUUCCAUUAAAAACUGGA